UCUGUGGGUCAAACACCUGCCAAGCAGCAUGGAGAUAACAGCUCUCUGCACUAUUAUUGCCACUCUGAGAAUAUUUCCCAACAGAUCUCAGUUCUUCAGGUACGAGUCUGUUACACUGAGCUGUGGAGAGCAUGAAAACUCUCCUGAUUGGACAAUAAAGAGAAACACAUCUAUAAAAACAAAUCAUGAGUGUUCCAAACACUGGGGUUCAAAAAAUGAGUCACACUGCUUCCUUCAAGAUGCUUACCCCUCAGACAGUGGGUUGUACUGGUGUGAAUCUGGAGCUGGAGCCUGCAGUGAAGCUGUCAACAUCACUGUGACUGGAGGCAAAGUGAUUCUGGAGAGUCCGGUCCAUCAUCUGCAGGAGGGCGAUGCCGUCACUCUGCAUUGCACAUAUAGGGAGACUUCUUUAUCCAACCUCACAGCUGAAUUUUAUAAAGAUAACCUCCUCAUUGGGCACAGCUCUACAGGAGUCAUGACUAUCCCAAAGAUUUCAAAGUCUGAUGAAGGUUCCUACAAGUGUAAUGUCUCUGUUACUGGAGAAUCACCAUACAGCUGGCUGUCUGUCAGAGGUGGGCAGCCUGAACCUUUUCACUCCCCUCUUCUGCAUGACUCACUUCCUGUGUUGAGGGUUUCUGUCUCUCUGGCCGUGGUGAUGGUGCUGCUGCUGUGAAUCUACAGCAGCCACAAAGAUCAGUUUGUUUCUCAAACAUUUGAAGAAUUUAUUUUGAAAUGAAAUUAAAGAAAUUGUAAUGGCUAACAUGUUCAUUUGUUCCUCUGAGCUCUUAGAGUAUUUUGUCAAAAUACUUCAUUGACCAUUCUGCUGCCAAAAAAUACUCACUGUUCACUAAUGCUAAAAUGACUCACGCAAAAAUUAUGAGUGCACUUUAUAAUACAGCUUCAGAUCUUUUUUAGUUAGAUUUAAAGUUGCCUUUGUGCUUUGUUAUAUGAUAGUUCUUAACCUUUAUGUCAUGUGUAACUGUUGUUGUAGCCUGAUUUCUUGUGAUCAGAAAACUGUUGGUUGCCUACCAAAGUGGAAAUGUUGAGUCAGUCGAUUUUGAGUGUCAUCAUGCAUCUUAAAAAACACACGGUCUUCAAACGUAACAAAGCUGAAACAAAUACAUGUAUUAUUUGUGGUAGAAUCACAGGGGAGUCCAAGGUUUCUUUUUUAAUGGUGGUGUCUCUGUUGGGGACCAAGAACCAGACAGGGAGCCUUCAUGUUUAAUCAAAAUCUAAUUAUUAGAAAUUGUUUUAGUCUCUUUAUCCUUCUCCAUUUUUUUUUCUUUUAUGUUAACCGGUUUCUGUUAUCAUAUUGUUUGUUUAUUUUGAUGUUUCUUCUUGUGUUUCCAGUGUUUACCUCUGUCUGUUCUGAUAUUUAUGAUAGCUGUCACCACUCAAACAAAAGUUUUGUAUUUAAGCAGCUUAAAUUAACAUGAAUGGUUUCCUUCCAUUUACCAAAAAUGUUUCUGAUAACACCAGAUUUACACAAAGGUUAAUAUGCUCUAUCUUUAUCUGAUGUCAUGAAGCCUGAUGCAAAGAAGCAAUUACAAACUGAAUCAAAUCAAUAAACGUUAUUCAUAUUCAUCACAACAUAUAAAUGUGUAAAACUGAUGAUAGAUCUCAGCCCUCAGUAGUUUAUACAUUUAUGUUUUUAUGGACAGUUGCAAUCAGGGGAAAGUUGUGGGUGGAGCUCAGUGACAGAUGUUUCUCCAGGACAUUGUCUUUCAUCGAAUGCUUCGAUUCCCACUUUUGUACGGAGGCUUUCCAAAGUCUUAGUCUGUGUGUAAUCUUCGUUAUAUUCAUUGUUUCGGCCCCAGUGUGCACUUGCGAGCCAUUUUUCAGCCUAUCACUGUAGCAGCAGAAUGCCGACCACAGCCUAUGUGGACUAUUGAUCCUUUUGUUAUGGGUUUCUUGUGGCUGGGCUGUGCUUCCGUCACUACAAAGGCUUCUGUAUAGCUGUUGUUACCGCAGUAGUUAUUCAUAACACAUUUAAUGCCGUUCUCCACUCUCUUCCAGCUUCUCCUGUUGAAUGAAGCAUUUUGUGAAAUAACACGAUCAGGGUAAAAGUAGAUCUUCUUUGAAUUUCAGUAAAUCCAUAAGUACUUGGAAAUAACUGUCCUUUGGUAAACCCAUUGCUAUUGGCAUAAUCAAUGUUACUAGCCUGAUUCUUCAAGCUGAAACUUGUUUCUUCUCUCAUCUCUUCAUUGUUUUCAAGCUGUGUAAAUGGAAAGAGUACAAUAUUGAUGUUGUUGUACUGUUGUGAUGAAAUAUACUAACUGUUUCCAGAAAAUUGUGUUGUUUAAAACCUAAUUACAGGUCCGCUUAGGUUGUUACCUGCACUUGUAAUAUCUGAUAAUGUGGUCUGUUUUUUUUUUUUAUUAUUAUUAUAAUUUAUGACAAUUAUUGUACCUCUGGUUCAAUCAUCCAUUUGUAACUGGGUUUCCCACAUUUGUCCCCUCUGAACUUUGCAGCAGAAAAAACUGGAAUCUUGUUGCGGGUGUUGUAGAGCGUCACAAAUGUAGUGGUGCCAUUUAAAAACUCGCAAAUCACUUUGUAUCUGGCCUGUUCCAGGAUGAUGCUUCCCUCUAAAAUCUUUGUGAUGUUUGGUGAAUUUUUGUUAAGAAAGAAACUGUCACAUUCUGACAUUGAUUUCACUACCUUAGUUUCGGUGGGAACGAUGGACAGAAGGAGGAGAGCAACGUGGAGCAGGAGAUGGUGUGUCACCAGUGAUGUCCUUGUUGGCCCUGUGCCAGCAGAUCAGGGGAGAAAAAACAAUUAUACGACAUGUCUUUCUUAUCUGCUGUUAUAUAAACUCUUGCAAUAGUAUGUUAUUCAUAUAUAUAUAUUUAACAUGGACAGAAUUACAAAUAAUGAGGUUGGUGUCUAUAAUAUCACAUGAUCUACAAGCUUCGACUUCAGACUGCUCAAAAAGCAUUCUGAAUGUUUUCUACUCCUGGGUUUGUCUGCUGUCUGUAUAAAACACUGACUUUGCAGUUUUGAUGUCACAAGUUUACAAUACCUUGAGUUUAGCAGUUUUAACAUUCCUGUCUAUGUUUGUUUGAAAAUAUAAUGAAUGACGGGUAGCUCUACAGAUGCAGUCAUUCAAAAUUGUCACUUUCAGCCAGAGGUCAGUUGGCUGUUAACUGACAGCCAGCUGCCAGCUGCCAAUAAGGCUUUGAAGUCCGCCACUUGAUUGCAAAAUCCCAAGAAACGGUAUAGAAAAUGUAUAAAACAGGUAUCAGCUGUUAAUAAUCUCCUGAUUGCAUAGUGAGAAAAAAAAUUGUAUUCUGUGGGGGCAGGGGGCACUAAUUGUAUAGUUGUUGUGCAAUUGGAGCACAUUUAAAUUUUGAUUUUGCAUUUUAUCUAAGAACAUUAGCAGUGCAAUGAAACAAUCAUGCUUUCAUUUCCAUAAACGCAAGGCAGUAAUAAUCACUGUGCACUACCGGUUUUUUAUUUGCUGCAAACACAUAUCUAUAUUAAUAUUUGAUAGAAAGGUUGAAUCUGCCCUAGUUAUAAAAUCCCUGAACAAAUUUAAAACAUAUAAAUAUGGUGUGAUAUAAUAUGAUAUAAAACUGGUGUAGCGAGCCUUUAAAUGAAUGUGCCUCCACACUGCUCCCCCUAGUGGAUACACAAGAUAUUACCACUUGUUUUGUGUGUGAAGGUUCUCAAUCAUCCAGGUCAUCGUAGUCUAAGGAGCUUGGAAAG